AUGCCGUCCAUCCUCAACAUCGCACACAUGUGCUCCCACCUGCAGAAUGCGUCAAAAGCUCGCCUUGGCGUCACAUCGAUUCAAAACACGAAAUACAACCUGCAUCUCGCACUAGCCAUGCAUCGCUCAGGCUUCUUUUCUUCCGUCUACCGCGCCGGCCCGCACCCGCCCACCAUGGAGCAAAUGGUGUCCGACGCACCCGAGAUCGUAACGAGCGCGAACGUUGCCAAGAUGCGGCUGUGGUUGGGCCUCAAGUAUUGGGACGGGAAGCCGGUUCUAUCAAAAGCCCACGUUAUCAGCAAGCCAUCCCGUCUUAUGACGGCCAACAUCCAGGAACUUGCUCGGCUAACGAGGGGGUUCCCUGCAAAGCUUAAGGGUGGCGUCGUGCCGGGCCUGAACUUGGGCGAGUGCAUGUUUGUGGCGACUUCGCGAGGCGUCCUUGAAGCCCGGGAAGCGCUGGCGAGGAAAGUUGGUGGACUGCUGAUCUGUCGCGUAUCAUGA